UUCCAGCCUGGCGCAUAACCAGAACGCGGGAGCAGCGGCGGAAUUCGACCUGCUGACUACUGACAAGAAGUUUGUAAUAUCUGUGUACUGAUGCAGUCCGGUAUCUGCACCUGGUGGCGGAGCUUUCCAGACUUUCUUCCUCACUAGAAUCAAUUUGUUUUUUGAAUGCUCGUGAGCGCUGCACUAGCGGGGGCUGAUGAUGGCUAGGCUCAGAGUGUCCUAUGAGUACUCGGAGGCGGAGGAUAAAACCAUCAGGCUAGGGCUGUUCCUCAUCGUCUGCGGGAUCGUGUCCCUCUUCAUCCUGUGCUUCUGCUGGCUGAAUCCCACUUUGCAGAAAAUGCAGUGCAAGCCUGCCAACUGCACCGUGCUGUCCGUGCAGCAGAGCGGGGAGAUGUUCGAGUGCACUUUCACGUGUGGGGUGGACUGUAAAGGCACCUCGCUCUACCCGUGCCUCCAGAUCUAUGUCAAUAACUCGGAGUCCUACUCCCAAGCUCUGUUGCAUUUCAACGAACAGCAACUUCUUACGAACCCAAAGUGUUCAUACCUUCCUCCAUGUACAAGAGACAACCAGAAGAACACGGACAGUGUGCUGAAGCAGCAGCAUGACUGGACUAAGAACAUCUCCCAGUCCUUCACUUGCUUCUUCGACCAACAGAGAAGGCCGGACGACGUGCUGCUGGAGCGCUCCCAGAAUGAGAGCGUGCUCCUGCACUGCGUGCUCUGGCCCAUGGUCAGCCUCCUGGUCGGGGUCCUGAUUGUGGUCCUCACCGUCUGCGCCAGGAGUCUGGCCGUCCGUGCAGAAGCCCUCCAGAAGAGAAAGUUCUCCUAGAGAAAAGAAUCGGGGCGAGAAGUGGCUGUCGGCAGCCUGGGGCGCAGGGGAAAGGAGGCGCUGCGGAGGAAAAUAAAUAUUUACUAUUCCAUCUCUGACUGGACAAGCGAUAGGGUCACUGUGCUGUCUGUCACUGCAGAGGCCGCCCCCUGCCCCUCCCUCCCUCUUACUCUGCUGUGCUGAUGUAUACACGACUGCUCACAACUUAAAUGAAUGUUCCGAUACUUUAAAAAAAUAAAAAUAGCAGCAGUAGUCAAACUUGCGCAAAAUGACCGCUCACUGUGGAAAUGAUACAGGGGUGGUCUUUAUUGCAGGUUUGACUAGGGUUACCACAUUCACAGAGUGAAAAAACAGGACCUUUUUUUUCUUCAACUCUUAAGCGGUUAAAAUAGCUAUAUAUAACAACACAAUCAUCAUUUAAAAGUUACACAUUGGGUGUAUUUAUUGCAGAUCAUAGAUGUCUGGUAACCCUAGGUUUAACUCUAUAGUCAACUUGUGAAAAAAA